UUGAUUCAACAGGUAUCAAUGGUAGUAGGCGCAAUUCCUGAAGUUGAAGGUCUCAAGCAUACACCAUGACUUGAAAAACAUGUAAACCCCAGACCAGACAUUCACUAUUAGUAAGGCCUGCAAAAUCUUAGAACACCUACAUGUGAAUGGAGGAUGGCUUCCUUAUUUAUUACAACGAUGAAUGAGCGAUGAUGAAAAUAUAAACUUCAAUGUACCUAGUUACAUAAAAUGACAUACAUGUAAAACUGCAGUAAUAAUUGAAUCAAUCACAAACAUUAGCCAUGUCAAAUCAUACGCAAAGUGAAUAUCAUAGUACCGAGGGUACACAUGUAUCACAUAUACAUAGUAACCAUAUUGAAUAUGAGAAAGUGCAUUUAGAGGAAUAUGAGAAAAUGGACCAACAUAACAAUGAGAAAGAACUAACUGUUGAAGAGAAACAGGGAUUACUACACCCAAGGGCUCUCUUGUUCUGUGGCUUGUGGUAUUUCUUUAGCUUUUGUACUCUGUUCUUGAAUAAGUACAUCUUAUCUACCCUCAAAGGAGACCCCACUUUAUUAGGCGCCAUGCAGAUGGUGAUGACCACAUGUUUUGGCUUCAUCCAGAUGUAUCUACCACUUGGAAUGUAUAAACCAAUAGAAAGGGAAGGAAAACCUCCACAUUUCUUCCGCAAUAUGUUACUAGUUGGAGUUAUGAGAUUUACAACAGUGGUGCUUGGAUUAGUCGCACUGAAGUUUGUUGCAGUAUCAUUCACAGAAACUGUUAAAAGUUCCGCCCCUAUAUUUACAGUUAUCAUUGCUCGAUUACUUCUCCGUGAAAGAACAGGCUUUUUUGUUAUGGGCUCCUUGCUUCCUAUCAUGGGGGGAUUAGCGCUAUGUAGUGCAUAUGAACUUAGUUUUAACAUCAAGGGGUUUAUAGCUGCCCUUGCAACUAAUCUAACUGAAUGCUUACAAAAUGUUUACUCAAAAAUGCUGGUUAGCGGAGAAAAGUUUAGAUAUACACCAGCAGAGCUGCAGUUUUAUACUAGUGUGUCAUCUGUAGUGGUCCAAAUACCUGCUUGUUUUUUCCUAAUGGACAUUCCAUAUGCCAGAAAGAGCACUGACAGUACUAUGAUGGUUGCUCUUGUCUUAAAUGGGAUGUUCUUCCACUUUCAAAGUAUAACAGCAUAUGUUCUCAUGGGCUAUAUCUCCCCAGUAACUCAUAGUGUUGCAAAUACUGUAAAAAGGGCCUUCCUAAUAUGGCUGUCAAUCAUAGUGUUUGGAAACCCAGUGACAUUCCUCAGUGGACUAGGCACGGCCACUGUAAUGGUAGGAGUGCUGUUAUAUAAUAGAGCUAGGGAAUUUGAACGUGUACAAAAACUGAAAGCAGUGUCUCAGCUGAGGACAAUGGAACUAAAAGAGGCUAGCCCUGUAUGACAACACUUCCUUGUAGGAUAGAAUUAGAUGAAUUAUAUUUUUAGAAUGACUUAGCUAAACACACAUGACAUACUGUAAACACUAUUGUAAAGUCCUGGUUUAUUCUUUCACCCUCACGAAUACUCCGGGAAUACUGCUUGCUCAACAAGUCAUUAGUUCGUCAAAAAUCAUUAACAUCAGCCAAUCAGAGUCAAGCUCUAGCACUCGACUAAAAUGGUUUAGGACCCCAGCCAUAGCAGGACAUCUUAGCAUUAAAACAUUUUACAAAGGAAGUGUAAAUCAAUUGAUUUUUCUAAAAUGUUUAAUCCAAGAAGGAAUGCUAUGUGUCGUGUAAACUGGGCUAUUGUCAAAAAGACAAUGAAAGAGAAUGGAAGAAGGCCUGGUAUGACUGACUACUCUGAAUUCAGGGUGCUAUUCUCAUGACAUUUUAUUGAAAUCCGCUCUUAGUGAGGAUUCAUAUUAUAU